AUGCGAGCGGUGCUCGUUUUAUAUUUCAGGUACUUCUUGCAAUGGGAUGAUAACUUGUCUACAGCCAUCUACCACACAUUCGUUGCUCUGUGCUACUUGACACCCAUCCUCGGGGCGCUCAUUGCAGACUCUUGGCUGGGAAAGUUCAAGACAAUUUUCUUCCUGUCCAUUAUCUAUACGAUUGGACAGGCAGUCACUGCUGUGAGCUCCAUAAAUGACCUGACAGAUCACAACCGGGAUGGCUCUCCUGAUAAUUUAUCACUGCACAUUGCUCUGUCCAUGAUUGGCUUGAUCCUCAUUGCACUUGGUACUGGUGGGAUCAAACCUUGCGUGUCAGCAUUCGGUGGAGAUCAGUUUGAUGAUGACCAGGAAAAAGAAAGAACUACAUUCUUCUCUAUCUUUUAUUUGUCUAUUAAUGCUGGGAGCCUCCUAUCAACUAUAAUCACCCCAACGCUCAGAGGUGAGUCUCCACAUUUCAAACAGCGAUGUUACCCACUAGCUUUUGGAGUUCCUGCUGCCCUCAUGGCUUUCUCUUUAAUUGUGUUCGUACUUGGAAGCAAAUUGUACAAGAAAGUUAAACCUGAAGGAAACAUAAUGAUUCAAGUUUUCAAAUGCAUUGGAUUUGCCAUCAAAAACCGGUUUCGGCAUCGCAGCAAGGAGUUCCCCAAGAGAGAGCACUGGCUAGACUGGGCCAGUGAAAAGUACAGCAAACGACUGAUUGCCCAAACUAAGAUGGUGUUGAAGGUGCUUUUCCUUUACAUCCCUCUCCCCAUGUUCUGGGCACUUUUUGACCAGCAGGGAUCAAGAUGGACACUGCAAGCCACAACCAUGGAUGGGAAGAUUGGAAUACUGCAGGUGCAGCCAGACCAAAUGCAGGUGGUGAAUCCAAUCCUGAUUGUUUUAAUGGUCCCAGUUGUUGAUGGUGUGGUUUAUCCUUUAAUCAAGAAAUGCAAGAUCAAUUUUACGCCCCUGAGGAAGAUAACAGUUGGGAUGUUCCUUGCAUCUUUGGCUUUUGUUGCUGCUGCCCUUCUGCAAGUGCAAAUAGAUAAAACACUUCCAGUUUUCCCUUCAGCUGAGCAAUCUCAAGUCAAAAUAAUAAAUCUAGGUUAUUCUGAUGCAGCAGUUCAGUUCAACCCUCAACUUCAUAGUGUGAAUGUAUCGUCUCUGAUGUCGACGGACUACCUGACACUUGAGAAUUCUCAGUUGCAAUCACUAACCAUAAAGUCUGGAAGCAACGCUCUAAGUCAAAAUAUCAAGCUGCAAGGGGGAAGCCGUUACACUCUUUUGGUUAAAAAUACUUUCUUGGGCAUCUUUGCUGGAUUGGUGUUUGACAAUGUCACAUCAAAACCAGAAGAAGGAAAUAAUCUCAUCAGGGUCAUAAACAACAUUCCAUUAACUCUCAACAUCUCUGUGAAAGACAUUUCUUUUGGAUCAAUGCCGUAUCUUUCUGUCAGUAAUUACGAGUUAAUGCCGGGAGGAAGUAAAUAUGGAUUUGUUAGAACUUCAAUACCUUGUGUAGUUGGUGUAAGAGAUUUUGGAUAUGGCGGUGUCCAUACACUUGUAGUUAAUGGGUGUCCUAACUACACUCUUGAUGUAAGGUAUUUUGACGAUAUCCCACCCAACUCAGUCAGUAUCGCUUGGCAGAUCCCACAGUAUUUUAUUCUUACAUGUGCAGAAGUAGUCUUCUCUGUCACAGGGCUGGAGUUUUCAUACACACAGGCUCCAUCUAAUAUGAAGUCAGUGCUGCAGGCAGGAUGGCUGCUAACGGUGGCUAUUGGAAACAUAAUUGUCCUUAUCGUGGCUGGAGCAUCUGGACUCAGCGAGCAGUGGGCAGAGUAUGUGCUAUUUGCUGGUUUGCUAUUGGUAGUUUGCGUCAUUUUUGCUGUCAUGGCUUAUUUUUAUACCUAUAUUGAUCCAAAUGAGAUUGAAGCGCAGCUUGAUGAGGAAGAGGAGAAACAAGUCAAUGACAAUCCAGAAGUCUCUGAAAAGCGAGUGGAAGCUGACUCUCAGUUGUAA